GCGCAUUCAAUUGUAUUAAAGACUUUCUCUCCCCCCCCCCUCGUGAGGUUCGCAGAUCGUCGGAUCAUUGCGCCUGUCACAACGUGGAGAAGUAAAAAUAAAAAAAAUAGGAUUUCGUCCUUCCAUAGAAAAACACAGCCUCCCAGCACCGCCACCGUUGUGGGAAAAAUAGAUUUUGCCCAAUGAGUAGUCGAACUACGGACCCGUUGAAUACACCUGCAGCCGUUUAAAAUAUCGGAAAGAGAAAGAAGAAGGAUUUGCCACUUGCCAUGGAGCUGAAUCUUUCAAAUCGAGGUCUCUUCUCCUUCGAUGCAGCCCAAGCGAGACAGAGCUGGACGAAGACCACUCGGCCCACCAACCGUAGCUCGAGUGCCGCCCCUGCGUCGAUGGAAGGUUUGGUCCCUGUAAUCCGUCAGCUGAACUUGGCCUUCAACUCCCUCCACAUCUUCACCGGAGGAGAGACGCUGCGGGGGCUUGCCGUUUUGGAUUUGUCGCACAACGCACUUACGCAGCUGCGCGGACACUCGUUACCUGCUACGUUAGUGAAGCUGAACCUUUCACACAAUCGUCUCGCGCAGCUUGCCCAACUGGCGGGCUGCACACCUCGGUUGCAGGAGCUGGACGUGGGUCACAAUCAGCUCUCCGCCUCUGCCCUGCGAGGGCUUCCUGUGUCGCUGACCCAACUCAACGUGGAAAGCAACGUUAUCGAGUCACUGGCGCCCUUCACCGCUCUUCUUCAUUUGUCGAAGCUGAACGUAGCAGAGAAUCAGCUGGAAAGCAGUGACACGCUGCAGUCACUCCGUCCGCUGCUCUCACUCCGCUUUCUCGACCUUCGCGGAAAUCCAAUCUGCGAGAAAACCGGACCCACUUUUCUCCGGCAACCCAGUCGUGGUUCACACAACAGCAGCAUCACCACCACCACCACCACCAGCAACGUACAGACCGCAAAAAACAGCGGCGAACCGCAGAGCCUGCUCGGCAUUCUGAACACCGCUGUGCCCCGCCUUUCGCAUCUCAACGGCCUGGCCCUCUCACAGGCGCCGGAGAAUCGGAUGUUGAAAAGUGGCCGCGCGGAACAAGCCAGAAAGCAAGGGAGGUCAACGUCGAACAGGAGAGACGCGUCGAGAAGCGGCAGCAAGGAGUUUCAUCGCAGCGACUCUUCGCAGCGAAGGGGCACGCGGGAGGUGGAGAAAGGUGGUGGUGAUGCCACUGACAAGUCGUACGCAAGCAGCAGCUGUGACGCCUCCGCCACGCGGCCGGCGUUGGAGGUGCGUCUCAUGCAGGCUAAGGUGAGUGAGCUGCGCCGUCUGCUGCUCGCCGCGCAAGAUACGGAGACCAAAGCGCGCCAGGAGCGCUCGCUGCUCACGGAGAACGUGAAACGCACCGCGGUGGUGAUUGAUCAACAGGGAGCGGAGCUGGAGAAGCUGCAAGAGGACAUCGCGCGGCUUCGCGAGGAAGAACUGCAGCUUCGUGUGCCGAUCGCUGCGGCGGAGGAGUCAUUUGAGCAGGUGCACGCGUCGCUGCUGGCCACCAAGGCGAAAGCAAGCGCAGCGAGUGUAAAGUAG